GCAUCGAACAAAAUUAGCCACGCCAUGGCGAUGUUAGAGAAACCGCGUGCUACUGCGGCUACUGGCUACGCCGAGGCUCCAGCCGCAGUCUCCGAGGCCGCUUCUUCCCCUGCCUCCGCACCAGCGGCAGCAGAGCCUUCCGCUCCACAGGUGCAAGAGGAGGCAUCAGCACCGCCGGCAGUGGUUCCAGCGGCACCAAGACGUGGCACAACAUUGAGCGCACAGGAACGGCGAGAGGCCAGCACCUAUGGAGAGUUGUACUCGAUUCUGGUCGCGACCGAACACCUGGAGAACGCCUUUGUCCGUGCUGCUGUGACGAACGAGGACUAUGAGAAGGCUUGCACGCAGUUGCUGGCACAAUUCAAGACCUUGAAGAAUGGGCUGAAGGACAAGUUUCCAGAUAUUCGUUCUUUUGCACAGGAGCAUGGGCUCCAUUGUCCCCUGGCAGAAGAGCGACUGCUGGGUGCAGGUGUUGCGGCCACUGCCCUUUAUGGAGGAGCAGCUGACACCGGAAAAGAAAGCCUUGCAUGCUUCAAGGCCUCCGAACAUUUCAUCACACUGCUGGAUGCUGUGAAGCUGAACCUGAAAGCCGUGGAUGAGCUGCUCCCGUUGGUGAGGGAUUUGCAGGCCAGCAUCGUUCAGAUCCCCAACCUGCCGCCGCUGUCGGGGGUGGAUCGCAUCACAACGUGGUUGGUGACCCUGAACAGCAUGAAAGCAUCAGAUCACAUCUCGGAGGAUCAAAGCAGACAGUUGGCCCUCGAUGUUGAGCAGGCGUAUACCUCGCUGAAGAACUGGCUACAUGAGAAGACCUAAAUCCAGACGCACUGGGCUCUAACGCCCUAGGGUUACAG